AUGCCUAAAAUGAAAAAAAUUCAUCGUCAGCAUAUUCACUGGAAAGCUGAAGAAGAUGAAAAAUUAAUAAGUUUGGUAAUAAAAUAUAAUAAAAGAAAAUGGAGAAAUAUAGCAGCAGAAAUGGGAACUCGCAAUGCUAAGCAAUGUCGUGAAAGGUAUUUCGGUCAUCUUGAUGGCAUUGAUAAGCAUCCAUUAUCAAAGGAAGAAGAAGCUUUAAUCCUCAAAUAUCGUCAAAGUGAAACUGAUAAUGGUUGGGCAAGAAUUGCUGCCAUCAUUAAUGACACAUUCAAAACUAAAAGAACAGCGAAUCAAAUAAAAAACAAUUACAAUCAACGUCUGAGGAAGCAAUUGGAAAUAUUAGAAUCUCAAAAAUUUCAUGAAAUCAUUUAA